ACCAGCUCCGCUUCGGAAACUUUGGAGAAGUUUGUGUUUUAAAUGCAUUUGCGUAAAAAUCAAAAGGUAUUUUAUUUCAAUUGAUUUGUAUGACAAGAGAACACCAGGUAUGAACUCCAGCAAAGCCAAAGCAAUUCCAGCGAAAGGGGUGGGAAAGGUCUCUGCAAAGGGUCCAGUCCAGACCAAAAAAACAGGACAGAAAAUGACACCAAAAGGCAACACGGUACUUAAGAAUGCUGCUAAAAGCCCAUCCAAAACUAAAGAUGGAAAGAAAGGACCAGCUACUCCUAGCAGUGCUGAACUGGGAGACACAGGAUCGAGGGGAAGGUCAGAGCUCAGCCCAGAGGAGAGAGCUGCUGUCACUAUCCAGUGUGCUGUGCGACAGCUCCUGGCCAGGGGGGAGAGAGAGAGGAGGGAAAGAGAGAGAAAGAAGUAUGAGGAGCUUAUGGACCAGCUUCAGAAAGAGUCACUCAGUGAGGGUGUGCUGCAGGCAUUUCUGGCACUGGUGCGCAGGGAGCAGGAAGAAGCAGAGAGGGAGAGAAAGAGGGAGGAAGAGGAGAGGAAGAGGAGGCAGGAGGAGCAGCGCAGGAGGACUCGCCUGCUGGAGGCAGCCUUCGAGGGUGAGGCAGAGGAGAUCCUGGCUGUGCUGAAGGAGGUGUCUGACCUGGAGACCAAGCAAGGUGUUGGGUUUGACGAGGCAGGGCGGCGGCAGCGCCUGCUCAGUCAGUUGCGGAUCAUCAGUAGCACAGAUGCUCACGGCAACACAGCGCUCUCGGAGGCAGCAGGGGGCGGGCAGUCGGAGAUCAUCACCCUGCUGAUGGAGCGCGGGGCUGACGUUAACACCAAGGGUGGUUUUGGGAGGACUCCCCUGUAUCGGGCUGCUUUUGGAGGUCACCUGAGUGCAGUCCAAACCCUGCUACAGUUGGGAGCAGACCCCAGAAUACAUGCAGAUGAUGGCAGCACACCUGAACAGGUGGCCUCGGGGAAUGGCAUAGCCCUGAUUCUGCAGGGCUGGGACCUGAAGGCCACAGACGCGAUGCUGGAGAAGAUGGAGGCUGAGAAGCAGAGGAGAGUCAUAGAGGAGCAGAGGCAAAGAGAAGCUGAGGCUGACCGGCUGAAAUCUGAGGUUCAGCAGCUAGAGAAAGAGCAUGAGAGGUGUCAGAAAGAGCUGCAGAAGGCUUACUGUGAGCUGAACAAGAGGAUCUCCGAGCAUGACAAGUGCGAGAGGAAGGGUCUGGACCGAGCCCAGCUGACACUGCCGGCGAUUGGCGAGGCCGAGCAGCAGCUGGAGAGGGUGCGAGAGGAGGCCCAGCGAGCCGAGGAGCAGCUCUCCCUGGCGCGGCUGGAGCUGAGGGAGCAGGCAGGGGAAGGUGCGGUCGCAGAGCGCGGUGCAGUGCACUGUCUGGUGCGUGAGCUGGAUGAUGUUCUGCUCAAAGACGUUGGGGGAAGGAUCCAGCAAGAUGGCCGCUGGCCUCUGCUCAUAGAUCCUUCAGGACAGGCAGCCACCUUCCUACGCUACCGAGACACAAACUACCUGGAUGCUCUGAAUCCAGAACACAUGCAGCCUGAGGUAUUGCGAGUGGCACUGCUGGGUGCCAUCAGGUUUGGUAAACCCUUGGUGAUCAACAUGAUGGAGGCAGAUGUGUCUGAGUCAGUGAAGAAUCAGAUGAAUCAGAUACAGGCUGGAUUGAUGGAUCAGCUUAUGAACAAAAAGCUGCUGCAGAAUGAGAGGUACUUGAUCCUGGUGCGGCCCUCUGAUGGCCCCCAAUACUCCAAAACUGAGUUCAGUGCAGCCAGAACCGAGAAGUUCAGCUUUGUCCUUGUGACAAAGCUCCGCAGCCCUCCCGAAGCCUUGCUGACUGCUUUCUACCCCAUUGAUGUCACCCUGCCUCGGCCACAGCUGUGACUGAUGCAGAGUCUCAGCUUCAGCUCCACACUGGAGGUCCAACAGCUUAAGCUAAUAGAUUUCUAGGUAAUGUUGCAAUGGUAAGGAUCCACUUUGCCUAUGAACCAAUCAGAAUUUAUUUCUGUAGAAGAAAUCAGU